AUGACUGCUACCAUCGCCCCCAUCACCAAUGGUGAUACAUACUUCGAUCCCCAUCAAGACAUUCUUGCGGCCCUAUCCACAUCUCCGCAUAAUUUCCUUCAGCCUACCUCUGCCCUACAUGCGGCAGCCAUCAUUGCAGCCAAAAGAUUCUUAGACCCUCUUGCCUCUUCUGUGAGCGAGGCUCAAGAAUUACGAAAACGAGGAAACAGAAAGAAGCGUAAGAGGUCGGACUACGAAGCGAACAGUGUGGGCAAAGUCUUGCAACUACGAGAAGUCUACACCGAUGGUUUUGGGAUUGGUCAGAUAUGGGAGCAGGCCAAGAGAAUACUGGAUGCAGCUCGAGACGAGGUACAAAGAGACUUGAAGAACAUUCAGACCUCUCAAGACACCACAGAUGGCGUCAUUGGAAAGCCACAGCAGGGGAACGGUGGUACGGAGAUGGUGCCAUUUGAUGAGGGUGCGUUAGAUACCGUCUCGGAUGAACCUCAGGAUGAUCUAGAUGUUGCUACCGUAGGUGAUGUUGACGAUGAUCAUGGGCUGUACGACGGAGAGGAGAUUCAACAAGAGGCUAUACACACCGAGGACGACGAGGACAUGGUAGACGACGAUGAUAUCGGAGAUAUGCAAGAUUCAGCAGAAGAGAACUCUGAAACAGAAGAAACGCCACAGGUUUAUGUUCCAGAUCCCAAUGGCCUUAACGAUGGCUUCUUCUCAAUCGACGAUUUCAACAAGCAUUCUCAAUUCCUGGAGCAACAGGAUGCAAUGGGAGAGGAGGAUAACCCUAGCGAUGAAGACGAGAUUGAUUGGGACGCCGAUCCUCUCGCAGCGCCUCUGCAUUCCACAUCAGGAAAGAAGGAGCUCAAAGCAGACAACGCUACCGAAGGCGAAGAUGGCGAAGGUCCUACAUUCGGCGAUGCAGAUCUGGACGGUAUAUCGGAAGAGGAACACGGAGAAGAAGACAACCUCGAUCUGGCUGACGGUAUGCCUGGGCUCGAAAACACCAAUGACAUCAAAUACGCAGACUUCUUCGAGCCACCAGCCCAAAAGCCUUCCAAAUCAAAGCGCAUGCGUGCCCUUCCCAAGACCCAGCCUCCACCUCGUCCGGCCGCAGACGGAGAAACUCCAGAAGUCAUCGCCAAUGACAUUCAGCGCGCCAUCUCCGACGUACGUCGUGAUCUCCUCGACUCCGAAGACGAAGCCUCCUCAACCGACCAAGACGACGAUGACGAGCAACCAAUCAAACCUUCCACCAAAAACCUUUCGACCCAUGAAAAACAACGCGCCAAAAUCCUAUCCGAGAUCCGCCGCCUCGAAGCCGCCGCUAUAUCCAAACGCGACUGGACCCUCAGCGGCGAAGCGCGCGCCGCCGACCGGCCCCUCAACUCCCUCAUCGAAGAAGACCUCGAAUUCGAACGAGCAGGGAAACCUGUGCCGGUCAUCACGGCUGAAGUGUCAGAGGAAAUUGAAGCGUUAAUCAAGCAACGGAUCGUUGCUCGCGAGUUCGACGAGGUUGUGCGGCGAAGACCAGAGGCUCUUGGUGCGUCUGGCUCUGCAAGGAGAGGGAGGGUGGAGGUUGAUGACACGAGACCGAGUCAGGGGCUGGCGGAUGUGUAUGAGGCCGAGCAUUUGAAAGCUACGGAUCCCGGGUAUGUGGAUAAGCGGUCCGCGACACUCAAGAAGCAGCAUGCUGAGAUUGCGAGGUUGUGGAAGGAUGUCUCGGCGAAACUUGAUGCCGAGCAUUUGAAAGCUACGGAUCCCGGGUAUGUGGAUAAGCGGUCCGCGACACUCAAGAAGCAGCAUGCUGAGAUUGCGAGGUUGUGGAAGGAUGUCUCGGCGAAACUUGAUGUGUUGAGCAAUUUACAUUUCAAGCCGAAGCGGGCGGAGAUUAGUGUGCAGGUGGUAGGGGAUAAGCCGACCAUCAGUAUGGAGGAUGCUAGGCCUGGCGCUGCGGAUGAUGGUGGAGUGGAAAGUCGGUUGGCCCCACAGGAGAUUUAUACGCCUGGCGAGGAGGGGAAGGCGAGGGGUGAGGUCAUGGGCAAGAGUGGCAUGGCGAGGAGUAAGGAGGAGAUGACUAAAGAGGAGAAGUUGCGGAGACGAAGGAGGGAGAAGGAGAGGGCGAAGAAGAAGAAGAAGGGAAGUGAAGCUGUGAAAUCGCAACAGGAGCCGAAGAGAAGAGGUAGAAAUGCUGAGAAAGCUCAAGAAAAGAAAACCAUCCUGGACGAGCUUCGGAAGGGCGGUGUCAAGGUUAUCGGCAAGAAAGGCGAUGUCGAAGAGAUUGAUGGCAAGAAGAGGAAGGGGCAUAGUGAGGUGGAAUCACGUAGCACAGAGUACAAGCUGUGA